ACCUUUGACCAGCCCAAUUGAUCUGGACUCUUGGGCAGGCAGCUGGGCCAACAGACAGGCGCCAUGAGGGCUCUGCUGCUCCUGGGGUCCCUGUUGGUGAGCCUGGAGUCGGCACUUUCGGUUCCACCACGUUGGAAAGCCCCCAAAGAGCAUAAGCACAGCAUAGAGGAGCUCACAGUGGGUCUUACUGUAACCGGGGAGCCCUGCCACUUCCCCUUCCAGUACCACCGGCAGCUGUACCAUAAAUGUAUCCACAAGGGCUGGCCAGGCCCCCGGCCCUGGUGUGCUACCACUGCCAACUUUGAUCAGGACCAGGAAUGGGGAUACUGCCUAGAGCCCAAGAAAGUAAAAGACCACUGCAGCAAACACAACCCCUGCCAGAAGGGAGGGAUCUGUGUGAAUACGCUGAGCAGCCCCCACUGCCUCUGUCCAGAACACCUCACUGGGAAGCACUGCCAGAGAGAGAAGUGCUUUGAGCCUCAGCUUCUCCGAUUCUUCCAUGAGAAUGAAAUAUGGCUUAAAACUGGACCAGCAGGGGUGGCCAAAUGCCACUGCAAGGGUCCUGAUGCUCACUGUAAGCCAAUGGCCAGCCAGGCCUGCCGCACCAAUCCGUGCCUCAAUGGGGGCCACUGCCUAGAGGUGGAGGGUCACCGUCUGUGCCAUUGCCCAAUGGGCUACACUGGACCCUUCUGUGACUUGGACACUGAGGCAAGCUGCUAUGAUGGCCGCGGGCUCAGCUACCGCGGCAUGGCCAGGACCACUGUCUCGGGCGCAGCGUGUCAGCGGUGGGCCUCGGAGGCCACCUACCGGAACAUGACUGCAGAGCAAGCGCUGAACAGGGGACUGGGCUACCACGCCUUCUGCCGGAACCCGGAUAAUGACACCCGCCCUUGGUGCUUCAUCUGGAAAGGCAACCGGCUCAGCUGGGACUAUUGCGACCUGCCACAGUGUGAGGCCCCACCCGCGGCAGUGUCUACACCCCAGAUUCACCUCGGGCGUCAAGACUUGCCCAGGCCCAGGCCUUCAGUAUUGCAGAAGCCUCAGCCCACGACCCAGAUCCCAGGUAGUUGGGGUCGGGGGAGUUCCAGCAGUGAGGGAGCAGGGCCAGCUAGAUUGCAGGCACCGGACAAACUGUCCAGGACCGGCCCGGUGCUCUGCGGACAGCGGCUGCGGAAGCGGUUGUCUUCUCUGAGUCGUAUCGUCGGCGGACUAGUGGCGCUGCCUGGUGCGCACCCCUACAUCGCCGCGCUGUACUGGGGUCACAAUUUCUGCUCCGGCAGCCUCAUCGCCCCUUGCUGGGUGCUGACUGCGGCUCACUGCCUGCAGAACCGGCCAGCGCCCGAGGAGCUGACGGUGGUGCUUGGCCAGGACCGCCAUAACCAGAGCUGCGAGCACUGCCAAACGCUGGCGGUGAGCUCCUACCGCCUGCAUGAGGCCUUCUCAUCCAUCAGCUAUCAGCACGACCUGGCUCUGCUGCGCCUGCAAGAGAACGCGGACGGCAGCUGCGCCCAACUGUCGCCUUACGUGCAGCCCGUGUGCCUGCCCAGAGAAGCCACCCCACCCUCUGAAUCCGAGGCUGUGCUCUGCGAGGUUGCCGGCUGGGGCCACCAGGUCGAGGGAGCGGAGGAAUAUUCCACCUUCCUACAGGAGGCACAGGUGCCCUUCAUCUCCUUGGAACGUUGCUCCACCCCUGAAGUGCACGGCGACGCCAUUCUUCCUGGGAUGCUCUGCGCUGGCUUCCUUGAGGGCGGCACUGACGCGUGCCAGGGUGACUCCGGGGGCCCUCUGGUGUGUGAGGAUGAGGCGGCAGAGCCCCGGCUCACUCUUCGAGGCAUCAUUAGUUGGGGCUCUGGCUGUGGCGACCGCAACAAGCCCGGCAUCUACACUGAUGUGGCCAACUACCUGACUUGGAUCCAGAAGUACACAGCUUCCUGAUUGCCCAGGGACUCCUCUUUUCGCUCCUGGGUGAUUCCACAGUGGGAAGAUGUGGGGCAUUAUCAUGGAUAGUAAAAAUGGUGUCACAUUCCUUUCACCAGCUGGGUGUCACCAGCCAGGCUACAGUGUAGGAACUCAAUAAAGGGCUUUGCAAAUGC